UCCAGACUCAGAGGGAUCUGUAGCUGCGGAGAGAGGGCCGGUCGCUGCUGCAAUACUCAUCAUCAUCAUCAUCAUCAUCAUCAUCAUCAUCAUGGCACCAGGAGUCAAGAAAGGCAUUUUGGCGUGUCUGGAGGCAGGAGAGGUGAUCAUCGGGGACGGAGGCUUCGUGUUCGCUCUGGAGAAGAGAGGAUACGUGAAGGCGGGACCCUGGACACCUGAGGCUGCGGUGGAGCACCCUGAAGCAGUGCGCCAGCUGCACAGGGAGUUCCUCAGGGCAGGAUCUAAUGUCAUGCAGACUUUCACCUUCUACGCAAGCGAUGAUAAACUGGAGAACAGAGGCAACAAGCUGACUCACACGGGGGAGCAGAUCAACGAGGCGGCCUGUGACCUGGCCCGGGAGGUGGCCAGUGAGGGGGAUGCUCUGGUGGCGGGGGGAGUCUCCCAGACCCCCUCUUACCUCAGCUGCAAGAGUGAGAAUGACGUCAAGGCCAUCUUUAAGAAACAGCUCGACGUCUUUGUCAAGAAAAAUGUGGACUUCUUGAUCGCAGAGUACUUUGAGCACGUGGAGGAGGCGGAGUGGGCCGUGCAGGUUCUGAAGACGACGGGGAAACCUGUAGCUGCCACGCUGUGCAUCGGCCCGGAGGGAGACCUGAACGGAGUCAGUCCUGGAGACUGUGCUAUCAGACUGGUCCAGGCCGGAGCUCAGAUUGUGGGCGUCAACUGCCACUUUGACCCCGAGACGUGUGUGAAGACGGUGAAGAUGAUGAAGGUUGGCGUGGAGACGGCCGGGCUGAAGGCUCACUACAUGAGCCAGCCGCUGGCCUACCACACGCCAGACUGCAACUGCCAGGGCUUCAUCGACCUGCCCGAGUUCCCCUUCAGUCUGGAGCCCAGGAUCCUGACCAGGUGGGACAUGCAGAAAUACGCCCGUGAAGCGUACAAGGCAGGGAUCCGCUACAUCGGAGGCUGCUGCGGGUUUGAACCGUAUCACAUCCGGGCGCUGGCGGAGGAGCUGGCGCCGGAGCGGGGCAUCAUGCCUGCUGGGUCGGAGAAGCACGGGAACUGGGGCAGCGGUCUGGAGAUGCACACCAAACCUUGGGUCAGAGCCAGGGCCCGCCGGGACUACUGGGAGAACCUGAAGCCAGCCUCCGGACGGCCCUUCUGCCCCUCCAUGGCCCAGCCUGAUGGUUGGGGGGUCACCAAGGGCCACGCAGACCUGAUGCAGCAGAAGGAGGCCACCUCCCAGGAGCAGCUGAAGGCUCUCUUCGUCAAGGCCGACCAAACCAACUGAGCUCCUCUCUGAGCUUCAUACUCACACAGUCCCUCACGUUUACAAACCAGAAAGAUCGAGAUGCUGAGAUUCUGUCUUUUUAGGACCAUUUUCACUGUGUGGAAGACGUUAUCAUGCUGAUUUAAAACGCUUCACAAUCAAUGAGCCUGUUGAAGCAACAUUGAGCCUUGUGAAAUUACUGAAAUAAGCAGCUUUGAAUGCACUUAAAGUAAUGAUCCUAACACUCCAACGUGCCUGAUGUUUUCUUACAAAAGAUUUGAAUGAUGUGUAGAAAUAAACUUCUAAUUGAACAAAA